AUGCCCCCUAGAUCGGAUCACGCCGGCGGCAGCGCCGCAGCUGCGGCGGCCACGCAUGCCGACUUCGACUCCAUCGAUCCCCUCUUCCACGUCCUCCGCGUGCUCCCCUUCUCCUUCCUCCGGCCGCCGCGCACCCGCCUGAGGCUGCCGUCGAACCUGGUGCUCCCCUCACCCAUGACCGUCUUCUCCCUCAUCCUACUCACCUACUUCGCCGUCGUCUCGGGCCUCGUCUACGACGUCAUCGUCGAGCCCCCCGGCAUCGGCAGCGCCCAGGACCCCGGCACCGGCGCCGUCCGCCCCGUCGUCUUCCUCCCGGGGCGCGUCAACGGCCAGUACAUCAUCGAGGGGCUCUCCUCCGGGUUCAUGUUCCUCCUUGGCGGCGUCGGCAUCAUCCUCCUCGACCUCGCCGUCGACCGCACCAGGCCCCGGAGCCUCCGCGUCUCGUUUGGAAGCGCCGGCGCGGUCGCCGUCGUCAUCGCCUACGCCAUGGCCAUGCUCUUCCUCCGCAUCAAGAUCCCCGGCUACCUUUGGUGA